CUUCGUUUGCUAAUGCAUAACUUGGUCAUUGGGACUAGUCUGUCGCUGUCUGCGUGAAGACUAGCUUUCGCAGGUCUCGUGCCCUCGUGCCGACCUCCGCUCUGCCCUCGUCGAGUUUCUUGCUACGUUUAUCCCUCUUUAUCUCCCUCUUUCCCUUUCGGCUCCUUGCCGCUCGCCUAUGAGGUCGUUGCCGAACGUUGACCCGAGUCUACGCGCCUAGUCGCCGCGACAUUAGGUCGAGAUCUCUCCUCUGGUGCUGACACUCUGAACAAGAGUGUCCCCGCCGCCGCUACAUUGCCUCCCCCACCCUGGACUGCACCGGCAGACUUCACGCGUGGGACACCGAAGACCAAGACUACUGUCACCGACGGAAGGACCUAGACGACGGACUCUGGUACUGGGUACCGUGCGAGCAAAACCCCUGCCCGAACCGUCAUCACCGCCCUGCUCGGAUCAACUAGAACGCCUUUUCGGACGAGUUCAUCCCAGUUCCUGACUCCCCCGUUGCUGAGUUGCCCACGACUCGAUCCCCCAUCCCCGGUACUCCAACUGACGAGCUUGAAGUAGCGCUACUCAUCGCGCUUCCCCCAUCCCCUAUCACCCCCCCAACCCGUCCACCAUCCGCUCCACCCAUCAUGGGACAACAAGGCGGACAACCGCAGACGACAGGCCCCGCCAACAACCCCCAGCAGGCCCAACUGGGCACCCAGACGGCAACACAACCCCCGGACCCCAUGACGGUACUACUCCAAUUGAUGACCCUCCUUACUCAGUCCAUGGCACAGCUCGCCAACUCGACCACCGGGGCCAACAGCCUGAAGGCGGUUCAGAAGCCCUCUCCCUUCAAAGGCGAACAGGGGGGCGAAGCACGACGCUUCCUGGCCGCGUUCACUCUCUGGGCCACGUCCCAAGGAUCAACGCUCAACCACGUGGACGCCACGGGCAACGCGAUCAGCACGCGCGACGACCAGUGGAUUCGGGCAGUCCUCUCCUUCAUGCAGGACAGUGCGGCUCUCUGGGCCACUCCAGUGAUGGAGGAGAUCACGCAGGGCACCACCCCAUUCAAAGGCUUGUGGAUGGAGUUCCGCACCCAGUUCAAGGCCCAAUUCGAGACGGUCGACGAGGCGGUUGAUGCGAAGGAACGCCUCCGUACGUUGUGGCAAGGCUCCAUGACUGUUCCAGAGUACGCCGCCCGGUUCAACGAGCUCUCCACCCGCACGGAGCACCUUGCGGACUCCAUCAAGGACGAGUUGGUACACACGGCAAGGCCCAUCGCUUCUCUGGAGGACCUCAUCACCGUCUCCUCCGACAUCGACGUCCGUGUCCGCCAACACCGCGCCGAACGGGAUUACCCGAACGCAAUGGACAUCGAUGCGACCCGUACGCGCGAAGAGUUCAACCGCCUCAUGCGCGGCAAGUGCUACGGUUGCGGGUCUACAGCACACGUCAAGAAGGACGGUGGCCACGACAGGGACAUCUGCAACUACUGCCGCCGCGUAGGGCACCGCGAGACAGUGUGCAUGGACAAGUUCCUGAAGAAGCCCCGCUCGCAGAAGCUCGCCGCCACGGAAGAGGGACCUGAGGAGCCCCAAGUUGCAGCGUCGACGUCGACGUCUGCAGAUGCUGGAGCAACCAACGCCCUCAUCGCGCAGCUCAUGGAACAGCAGAAGGCCCUCGCCGACCAGCUUGCCUCCCUGCAGAAGUCUUUUUAGAGCGGGCGCGUGUGAAAGCUGCCGCAGCGGCGCCCUCCAGUACGACUACGGACUCUUCGCCUCCCCAGAUCCCUGACCCCUGCCUGUACGAUAGUAUUAGUUCGUGUAUCAUUCCCGAAUUAAACCCAUCUAGCUCGCAUUUCCGCGUCAGUGUGCUACUUAAGGGCAGAAACCGUAGUGUACGUUCCGCAGCUAUGAUAGACAGUGGGGCAACGGCCCUUUUCAUCAGCCACCGUUUCGUAAAGAAGAACAACGUCUACUUACAUAGGUUAGCUAGAGACAUCCCCCUCUAUAACAUC